GGCUGUUGCCGCUGCAGCAACACUUAUUAGGCUCAUUCUUGGGUGUAUCUUCGCCAGAUGAGCCUACGAUUGCGGCGUCGAGCGAUGCAUCUCAACGCACCACCGCUAUUUCUUUUGGCUCUUUCAUUAUUUGUACACGCAGAUGCCCAGAAUGGUUCUAUGGCUCUGUUCAGACCUAUUCGGUUGAAUCAAUCUCCCAACUGGUCGGGUGGUGCACUCCACGUCGGUCUACCGGACGACAAAUGCCCUCCGUGUUUCAACUGUCUGCUGCCUGCCUUUACCUGUGGGCAAUACGGUGAAUGCAAUCCAUAUGACGGGCAGUGCAGAUGCCCUCCAGGGUUUGGGGGGAUAGACUGCAUGACUCCUUUGUGUGGCGCAUUAGCCGAUGGGGACCAUCGCUACCCACGACCUGAAGGAGAGGAAUGCGAGUGUAAAGAUGGUUGGGGAGGCAUUAAUUGCAAUGUUUGCCAAACCGACGAGGCUUGUCUCGGUUUUCCGGUUGGAAACAUCAACUUCAAAACGAAUGCGAACGGGGAACCUGAUUUUAACAUGACGUGCUACAAAGGCGGUGAGACUGUGAGAGAAAACUUUCAGAUGUGCGAUGUCACAAACCGAAAAAUACUGGACAUGCUUCCCGGAAGGCCACCUCAAGUCUCUUUUAACUGCGAGAAGGAUGGAGGCACCUGCGCUUUCCAGUUCUGGAUUGGGAAGGUGGAAUCAUUUUACUGCGCUCUUGAUAACUGCACUACGUCCGCAGAGAUUGGAUACAACCAAAAUAUCACUAACUCUGCAUGUGAUCACAUUAAAUGCAGUUGUAUUCCUGGGAAAAUGUUAUGCGGAGAGGAAGGUUCCAUUGAUAUAUCAGACUUUUUGACUGAAGAAAUUAAGGGCCCUGCAUUCUUCAAAUGCAAGACAGGCUCCGGGUGUAGUUUUGAGGAGCCAGCCAUGAAUCAGCUCAUCAACGACGUCUUUGGGGAUUCAUAUAUUACGCUGAAUUGCGACGGUGGCGAAUGUCUGCAUUAUACGCAGGUACCGGGGUACCACAAACCCACGCGCCCAUCAAACGGGCCGUUGGUCGCAUUGAGCGCUGCCGGUGCCGGGCUUAUUUUCAUCAUUGCAACAGCAGCUUUCUGGUACCUUGGUCGGACACACUCAGAUCCUGACAGCCUCGGUUCUAUUCGUUUACCGACGGAUGAGGCUUCUAGGCUCAUGACCGACCACGUCCCGGCGUCUUUACGCUUCCAAGGCUUGACAUACCAGCUUGACCAUCGCACCCUUUUGGACGGAAUCACUGGUCAUGUUUGCCCAGGUCAAGUCAUGGCUAUCAUGGGCGCAUCGGGAGCUGGCAAGUCAACCUUGCUCGACAUACUUGCUAGGAAGCAGAAGAAAGGAUCUGUGUCUGGAGAUAUUCUAGUGAAUGGUCGAUAUGUUUCCGAUGAUGCCUUUCGCAAAGUAAUGGGCUUUGUGGAUCAAGAGGAUACGCUCAUGUCUACCUUGACGGUUUAUGAAACGGUGCUUUAUUCGGCCCUGCUCAGGUUGCCGCGGGAGAUGAGUUUCGAAGCAAAGAAAUUCCGGACAUUGGAGACUCUACAUGAAUUGGGUAUCCUGAGUAUCAAGGAUUCAAGGAUAGGGGAAACUGGCAAACGAUCGAUAUCCGGUGGCGAGAAACGUCGUGUCUCAAUCGCUUGCGAGCUGGUGACUAGUCCAUCUAUCUUGUUCUUAGAUGAGCCGACCAGCGGUCUUGACUCUUUCAACGCCUUCAACGUCGUUGAGUGUCUCGUCACACUUGCGCGAGAUUUUCGCCGUACUGUGGUCUUCACUAUCCAUCAACCUCGUAGCAACAUCGUUGCGAUGUUUGAUCAGCUUGUCCUUUUGGCUAAGGGCCGAAUGGUCUAUUCUGGAGAACUCUCAAAAUGUCAUCCAUAUCUCGAAAGAAUAGGGCAUCCCUGCCCUCCUGGGUUCAAUCUUGCGGACUACCUCAUUGAUGUCACUAUGCAGUCUGAGGCACCUUCACCUGUCACUGGCGCUCAAUCCCCCGACGUGGAGGUUACUGAUGUGGAAUCUAAUAUUGCAGACGAGGAACGGGCACCAAGGGGUGCCUCGUCCGCCAAUAGUCAUUCACAUCCAUCGCACUCGAGUCAUACUAGAGUUGCACCUGAGGAGGAGAGUCAUCACUCAGGGCAAAAUACCCCAUACGAAGGUCCUUCUAACGUAGUGAAGGAUGCGAAGCACUUCCUCAAAAGAAAAACGUCUCAGCUUCUCGACGUCAUUUCUGCCGGUUCUGGUAAAGGGGAUCGUACUCCCCCCCUGUCGCCUCGUCUCGCUGCUCUUGUUCGAGCUUUCGCGGAGAGUGAUGUGCUUUCAGAGAUUGAUGCAGACAUCGAGGCCGUUAAACAGAGGCCCGAUCAAGUUGGGGAGCCGGAUGCCAUUCACCUUCGAGAGGCUUUGGAUGACAGCUCGAAUAUACGCGGAAGACGGAGAGCGAGCUAUACCACGCAGUUUAGGAUCCUGAGCGGAAGAGCAUUCAAGAAUCUCUACCGGAACCCUGCACUCCUGACUGCCCACUACAUCUCAUCUAUCACGGUUGCAUUGAUUUGCGGGUCCCUGUUUCGAAACGUCACAAACGAUAUUCCCGGUUUCCAGAACAGGCUUGGCGUUUUCUUCUUCGCGUUAGCACUAUUCGGCUUCUCUUGUCUCUCUAGCUUAGGCUUGUUUGCGAAUGAGCGAGUCCUAUUCAUUCGCGAGAGGGCGAAUGGCUACUAUUCAUCCUUCACUUACUUCGCCUCCAAGGUGCUCUUUGAUAUUCUCCCGUUACGGGUCGUCCCGCCACUCGUAUUCGGAGGAAUCACCUACGGGCUCAUUGGUCUCGUGCCCACUGUCGUGGCAUAUUGGAAAUUCCAGUUGACUCUGGUGUUAUUCAACCUGACUACCGCCAGCCUUAUCUUCUUCAUCUCCGUCGCAUUCGCGAACAUAAAUGUAGGGUCGCUCAUUGGCACUCUCAUAAUGCUGUUCAACCUUUUGUUUGCUGGUCUUCUCAUAAAUCGAGACACAAUGUCACCACUGAUUUCCUGGGUUCACAACAUAUCGUUCUUCCAUGCGGCCUUCGAAGCUCUGGCUGUCAACGAGCUUCGCUAUUUGCAGCUGAAGGAGGUCAAGUAUGGUGUGGAAUUGGAUGUCCCGGCCGCCACUAUUCUAUCAAUGUUCGGUCUCAGGGCUCAGGCGUUCUGGUUCCCCGACAUCACCUUGUUACUCAUUCUUUUUGGCAUCACUUUGUUUGCCAGCUUCAUUGUUCUGCAUUACUUUGUCCGCGAGCAGCGUUAGAGCUCGGUGCAGCCCGUCCUAAGGAAAGUUUAUGUUGAAAUCCUCAUUGUCCUUUUGUUAUUCCAUUCUUAACUAUCCGUGAAAAUAUAUUUGUAGCCCUAGUCACCCCGCAAUGGAUUCUUCAGACGUCAUAGGUUAGUGUCAUUCUGGCUGCGCAGUUUCCCUGGGCAGAUUGAAUGGGUAUAACAAAAGCUCGUCAAUGCCGUCUUGACGGUCGGGUUCACCGCGCUGUGGAACGAUGCCCAUGACCUUGUAUUGAGCACCCAUUCCCGUCGGGUCAAUGAGUCUGCGUCCUGCAGAGCGGAUCUUAUUGCGCGUUCAGACGGGGCUUGUUUAGUUAGGCCUUCAAGUCUUGCGUUGAACUGCAUCCCGAGCAAGAAAUCCCGUUGGGUUAUUGGACCUAAUGAUCGUGCUA